AUGAAUGAAAUACAAACAUUGUAUUUUGGAAAUGAACAAAUGUAUAGAGAAGUAUUAAUUAAUGAUUAUUUUGAAUCAAUGAAUACAGAAAAUGGAUAUAUUUUUGAAUGUGUUUCAAAAGAUUCAUGUAAAUCAUAUAGAUUUAAUAAUAGUAAUAAUCAAUUUAUUGAAGACUUUGAUUUCCCUCUUCUUAAAAAAGAAAUAAAAACUAAUAUCUUAGCUAUUGGUAAUGAAUGUUUAUAUUUUUAUUGUUCUCCUUAUUUUAGUCAACAAGUUAAAUUUACAAAUUAUUGUGAAAAUGGAAAAAUAUUUAGAACAAUUGGAAUGGAACUUCAAUUAAUGUCUAAUACUAUUAAUAAAAAUGAAUGUCCAAAUGAUGAUUAUUCAUCUUUUUCUAUUGAAAUUGAAUCAGUAGAUGAAACAAUUGAAAUUAAUUCUAGAGUAUAUAGUUUUUCAGUUGUUGACAAUAGAGUAUUAGAUUCAACACCAAUAUAUUUAAAAUUUACAAAUUCAUAUUUAAGAGUUAUACCAAAUAAAUGUUUUCAAGUAACAGAAUCUUCAUCAUUAAUAUUUAUUCCUGGAAUUUAUGGAGAUAAAAAUUAUAUAUUUUUAAAAGAAUAUAGUUCAACAAGUAAUUGUAAUGGAAAAUAUACUAUUAGUGAAUUUUCACCAGAUCAAUACAGUUAUACUAAAUUUAAUAUUGAUGAUGAUUUUGCAAUUAUUAGUUAUUUUGAUAAAGAUUAUAAAGAUUGUGGAAUUAAUAAAAUAGAAGAAGCAAGUUUAAUUAGAUAUGUAUUACCUGAUAUAAAUAAAUGUCAAUUUAAAUCUACAUAUAAUGUAAAUGAAUUUAAUUUAAUUGAAAUAAAAUAUGAUGAUUCUGAUUGUAAAGGUAAUAUAAUUAGUCAAGAGAGUUAUGCUUUAAAAAGAUGUAUAAAUGAUACUAAUCAAUUACAUAUUAUAAUUGCAACAUUUCCUAUUAAAUCUGAAGAUUGUAAUAAUAAAUUUAAAGGAUGUAUCAGUUGUGAUUUAGAUGAAUGUUUUGAAUGUCCAAAUGGUUAUGGGUUAUCAAUGAAAAAGGAUAAUUGUAUAGAUUGUUCUAUAUUUACAAGUGAUUGUCUUCAAUGUAAUAAUCAAACAUGUACUAAAUGUAAUAGUAUAGAUAAUGAAAUUAGAGUUUAUCAUAAUAAUCAAUGUUUAACAUGUAAAGAAGCAUUUAAUGAUAAUGGAUGUUUAGAAUGUAAUGCAAAUAAUUGUACACUUUGUUCAAGUAUUAAUGGAACAUUAAGAUAUUAUAAUAAUGGAGCAUGUAAAACAUGUAAAGAAGCAUAUGAUGAAAACUGUUCAGACUGUGAUGGAAUAGAAUGUAAAAAAUGUACAGUAGAAUAUGGAUUAAAAAUAGGAAGACUUGGAUGUAUGAAAUGUUUUGAUUUAGACAGUAAAUGUUUAGAGUGUGGAGAAGGAAUAUGUACUAAAUGUUAUAAUAAUUUAUUAUUUAAAAAUAAUAAAUGUCAAAGUUGUGAUGAUAUUUAUGGAAAAGACUGUCUUUCAUGUGAUAUAAAUAACUGUUUAACUUGUGAUAAUAAUAAAAUUGUUAUUGAAUCAAAGUGUGUUAGUUGUAAUAAACUUUUCGACCAUUGUAUUCAUUGUAAUACUACUCAUUGUUUAUAUUGUGAUUCUAUUGAUUAUUCUUUAAUUAAUGGAAAGUGUAUUAAUCAAAAUAAUGACCAAGAUAAUAAUUCUUGUUUAAUUUCAAUGUUGUUGAUUCUUUCAAUAAUUCUUUUCUUGUGA